UAUUCGUCAGAAACAUCUUGAUCUGCUUGGAACAAUGUUUUGAGGUUAGGAAAUUAAAUGAAGAAAUCAUGAGCAACAAUAUAUUAUCCAAUUUGUUACGUGUAAGAAAAAUAUACAAAACAUUUAUUUCUCACAACAAUAGAUCUAUUACUUAUUCUUUAUUAAAACAAACAAGAUGUUACUCAGAUAUUAGUCCAAAUACAUUGUCUAAGGAAGAACCUGUGAAUGAGAAUGAAAGUAAUCUUGUAGAAAAUAUUGACUCGAAAUAUAAAUUAUUUCAGGACAAAGAUUCUAAAGUUAUUUUGGAUGUAGAUGAAGAACAAGAAAAAAUACUUUUAGAUGAAUUGCGUGUAGAGGAGGAAUAUCAUGAUCCUUACAAAGGAUUGAAUUUAACACGUGGUAUAAGCGGAGUGUAUGAAAUAGAAGACCUUAUGGCUGUUCUUCAAAAGGAUAAUGCAAGAAAUAUCUUUGUUGCAUCUGUACCAAAAGACUAUAACUACGUAGAUUAUUUCGUAGUAGUAACAGGUAAAUCCCAAAAGCAUAUGACUGCUUUAGCCGAAUAUGUACGUAAAAUAUUUAAACUAAAAAUGCAUAAAACCGAUAUCAUCCCAAAAAUUGAAGGAGCAAAUUCAGCAGAUUGGAUAGCUUUGGAUUUAGGAAACAUUGCCUUACACAUAUUCUCAUCUAAGGCUAGAGAACGAUUCGAUUUAGAACUAUUAUGGUCUGUUGGUUCGCAGUAUGAUGAACUAACAAAUAGACCUGAACAAGUGAACAUUAUGGAUCAAUAUAACUCCUUCGUAAAUCUAUUUCAACCAGAAAAUCCAGAAAACUCAGAAAUUCCCAACAAUCCAUAAAUAUAUAUACAUCUUCAUAUAGAAUUUAUUGGAAAGUUAGAAAGUCUAAACUGUAUGCAUAAUUUACAUUAACACUGAAAUAAAUUCUAUGAAUUACAACAAA